UUUUAGAGCUGAACUAAGUGAUCAGGUCCACAUCAUUAGGCACAGUGGUUUGAGAAUAUGGUUCAUCUAUGGUUUGUGAUUAUACUCAAGAUUAAUGGGUGUAAAGGCGGUUAGAUCACGAGUGGCUAAGUUUCUUUUUGUUUUUUAGAACCUUCAAAAUCAUUAAACUCGAUUCUUGGUUAUUUUUGAUAAAUUUUUAUAAGCAGUGCUAUUGCUAGGUUGAUAAAUAGCUGAUAUCUGAUCAAUAAAUAUCAUUAAACUACUUAAAAUCUACUUUAAAUUAAUGUCUAUAAACAUGAGAGAAUUAUGAUUAAUAAUUAACGCACGAAACUGAAGAAAUAAAAAUAAAAGUUUUUUGUGAGAAGAGAUUUGAAUUUGAAAGCUUCACUAAAAACGAAGUACCACAUUCGGAAACUCUGAUAAUCUCGUUUUGGAUUAGGAUCAACUGAUAUAUGAUCUGAUCUGAUAGGUCAUUGAAAAUCUAAUGAAAUUAUUCCUCAAAUAUAUUCUUCAUAAUUGAUUUGAUUGAUAUUGGAGCAUAAAUGAAACUAGUAGUAGUAGUAAAAGUAAUCAUAUUUUUUCAAGAUAGCUGAAGAAUCAUUGGUAUACAAUUGCCUCAAUCUUUAAAAAGAAGAAGAAAUUGACAGCUAUCUAAACUUCCAAUACUCAAUAUUCUAGCAUAAAAUUUGUAAAUUGAAUUUUCUUUUACUCUGAUUAUACAGUCUUUAUACCUAGUGUAUAGAAUAAAUAUAGAAACCUAAAAAAGAUAGAUAAAAAAGAUAAAAAGUGAUAGAAAUAAAAACUAGAAGGAAUUUCGUUUUUUGUUUUAACAAACUGGUUUGAAACUACCUGACCUGAUAAAAAGAUGAGUUUUUGAAAGAUUUCUUUAAGUAUAUCAUGAAAUUAAUAAACGUUUUUUAAUAAAGAGUUACUAACAUUCCGACAAAAAAUACGGAGCAUUGACAAUUCAUUUCCAUUGAAAUGUUAGCUGAUAAUUAGUGGUACAGUUUUUCAUAAUAUAGAUAAGAUAAAAUUGAAGCUAAAGACGACUAUUUUUAACUUGUAUAAGUGAAUUACAAGUGCUGUAUAUUUUAUGUUAAUUUUAUUUUAACAUUUCAAAUAUGGAAAAGGAAGAUAUGUCUACCGAAGAGCAAGAUAUUAAGCCCAUUUUUCCUGUUAUGACAGAAAAUGCCACCUUAUCCGCUAGUGAAAGUCCUAAAAAAUGGUCUCCGGGUUUACAGGACACUAGCAGAAAAAGUGCAUUUUUGCCAUAUAAAGUUUAUACAGGUAACACAGUAUUGACAAACUUGCAACGUGGUAAUACACUUGCAGAAAAUGUUCUAUCAGAAGAAACAGAAGUAGAUUUUCAUAUGAAAGCUGGUCAAGGUGAAUUAUGUGAACAAGAUAUACUUAAAGAAGGUGAUGUGGAUGUUAAAGAUAGCAAUAAUUUAACUGCUCUUCAUUGGGCUAGCUUCUAUGGUCAAUUACAUACUGUACAACUUUUAGUAAAACAUGGAGCACAAGUUAAUAUAUUAGGAUCAGAAGAAGAAUCCCCAUUAAUUUUAGCUGCAUCUGGCGGUCAUCAUGAUAUUGUAGCAUUUUUAAUUAGUCAUGGAGCUGAUGUAAAUCACGUGGACCAUAUGUGUAAUUCUGCUUUAAUGUAUGCUGCAAAAGGUAAUCAUCCACAUACUUGCCAAGAACUUAUUUUAAAUGGGAUAAACAUUUCUCUAAUUAAUUUAAAUGAAGAUAGUGCUCAUUCUAUAGCAGUAGCAAAUAACAGUACAUUGGCUCAAACUGUGAUAGAAAAUUUUUUAAUUUUACAAGUAGAAUCAGGCGCAACUUCGUCGAAAAAAAGUGGAGGAACUGUUGCAGAAGAAAAAGGUUGAGAACUGUGACUUUAUCAGUAAAAAUUGGGACCUGAAUUUUGCUUGUAGUAGAUUUGAAAAAAAUCUAUAUUACUGCGAAAUAGAAAGUAAUAUGAAA